GCUUAAUUUCUUUUGAGGACACAGUAACAAGCCCAGUAGUCUUCAAUCAAUACCAUUAUUUGUUAUAUUAAUCAUGAUAGCAAGAAUCAUUUUUUGCACUGCAGUUUUACUAGCAAUACUUUCAGUCAUUCUCUUAGCAAUAUUUUCACCAAUACCCCAAGAAAACAAAUCAAGAAACCCCUCUUGGGUUGAUUUAUCCCUAUAUAUUCAACAACCCCUAGUUCCUGCUUCCAAUUUAUCCCCCGAAAAAACUCCAAAAGACGUUGGCGCUUUAAUUUUCCAUCGCCUUCUUACAGAAGGCCCGGAAAACACGUCUCGUGUAGUUGGAAAAGCUCAAGGUUUCAUCAUCCCAAUUCAAGAGUUCGCGAAUUCAGCGUUUAACAUUAUUUAUCUUACGUUUAAUAACAAAGAAUUUAGUGGGAGUCUUAGUGUUGAGGCUAAGAGUUUGACAAAUGAUAAUAAGGAAGAGUUGAAUGUUGUUGGUGGCACUGGCUAUUUUGCAUUUGCUCGUGGCCUAGCUGUUUUUGUACAAACAGAAAAGGAAGCUAUUAAUUCUGAUAAUUUGGAAGCUACUUAUCAUAUAAAGCUUCAAUUGAAAUUCCCUAAUAAAUCCAAAACAGUUCCAGGAUGAAUUAGCAACUUGUUGAAUCAUCCUUUCAUGGUUCUUUUUAUUUACAUUUUUUUUUUUUUACCUUUUUCUAGAUAUGGAAUUAAUUUUUGAGGAAUAUUUUCUUCAUGAGAGAAAGUCUAUCAUAUAAGAAGUCAGUGUAUCAAAUAGGAGAAAGCAAUAACACAUGGAGGCAGCUACUUUUGUUCUGAAUCCACAAGAUUGGUUUGAUUUGAUUUUCUCCUUUUAUUUAGAUAAAAGUA